GUGUUAUAUAGACUGAUGCCUUCAUCAGCUCUGUAUUCGACCAGCAGCAGCACACACUCUGUGCUCCAAAAGCUGUUUAGUAAGGAGCUUAAGCGUGCAGGAAAAGCAUGAGUUGGAAAUGUAACAGAGUUUGCCAGUCGUUUCUCCAUCUCUCUGCACGUUCGUGAUUGGGACAGAGCUGCCGUGGUUCAGAGGAUGUAAGGACAUGUAUGGAAGGAAGAUAUAAGGAAGAACGGAAGCUAAAUCACACAGAAAAGAGGAAAAAGAAGGAACUUUACUGACAAACUGUACUGGUGAAGAUGAAUGUUCUGGAGAUUUCAGGAGACCCAGAGGGAGAAGGCAGUGACGACUUAACAGGAAGGAAGAAGUCCAGGUUAAAGUCUAAGUCACGCCUGUAUGGGAAGAUAAGGAGGAAAGAGGAUGGGGGUAUGAAGCAGAGUCAGUCUGAAAGUGACAUCACAUUGAGUGUCGAAGACUCAGAUUGCUUCAAAGGCAUGCUGGGAUCCCGGACAUUUUCACAUGACAGCAUUUUUAAUGAAGAGCACAGUCAUUCAGAACCUGAACCACUAAGAAUUCUGUCUCAAGAGAACAUUCAUGGCAAAAUCCGAGCUCUGCAGAUAAAGCUCCAGCAGCAGAAGCUGCAUUUAGGUCCUCCCCCCCUUCUGUUGCCCAAUAAACGGCAUGAAGACCUGGGUGGAAGUUUAGAAGAUGACGGCCUUCCUCGUAGCCCCUCUGAAGUGUCCCGCGGAGAAGGACUACACAUAGGCAUAUUGAACAAGUUUUCUAUCCCUCCCAAGAACCAUAGCACUUUGAGUUUAGCUGGAACAGAAAGUGAGGAGGAACAUCAGGCCUCUUCACAACCACUCUCUCCUCGGUUGAUCAGCCCAGCACCUGCACCCCUUUCCCCACUUGACCCUGGCUCAGUGGACUUCAGCACUCCUCCACAGUUCACUUCCCUUCUGGACAACUCUGCUGCCCGUCACCGUAUGUCCAUCAAACCUAAGAACCAAAGAGCCAGUGCCAAGAACAAAAGGGCAACCACUUCGGCUGGAAGCAGAGCACGAUCGGAGAGUUUGAACAAUCUGGACCAAUCACUGACCACUAGAGAGGAAGAGACUUCUCUAAUACAAAUACCUCGCGUUUACUCGUAUUCCUCGCAGGUCUUACGGGGGGAGAGGUUUACAACUUCACAAUUAAAGACUCCAAUUCCAGUUUCACCUUUAACAUUUCUGCAGACUUCUCAGGAUAGCAGUAAAGUUUCUGCUGAACCUGAGCUUGUGAGAAACAUCCUGUCUGCAUCACCUCCACGCUCUAGCCUACGGGAAAUGCCUCCAGCUGUGUCACCACUAGCCAAACUGCCAAUCCCAAUGGUGCCAAUUGACAAAAAGGGAAAAGUAGAUGUGAGUGAGAUGCUCAGUAGCACCAAACUACCCAAGAACGGCCAAAGUACCAUUGUGUCAACUGUAAGCCCAACUGUAAGACCAAGUGUAACUACCACACCAGAAGUGAUUCCUGCGAAAGAUGAAAAGUCUAAUGCUUUGAUAAUACAAACCAAAGCAGACACACUGAGUAAAUACAGUGUUCAGACUGCAGCAAAUAUAGAAAAUCGCCCAGCCUCUACUCAAGCUCCAACCAAUGUGUUUUGUGGAGUAAAUCUGAGGCCAUCAUCUUUGAGGAGGAAUACACCUUCCACAGAUGAAAAACAUGAGUCCAGGACGCUUCAGCCAGUCAGCACAACGUCGGCUGUUAGUCAUGAAGAUCACACUCAAACAGAAUUCAUAAGGCGCCAAAGAACUGUGUCUGGGUCGUUCCACAGUGUCUCCUCAGACAAGAAUCAAGAGCGCCCGAGGACUGCAAGCUUCACUGGAGUUGUUGGACAAGCUGGACUAAAAAAAGAACCUCCAUCUCCAGCCAAACCUCCUUUAAAUUUCAAGAUAGAGCGGCAAGUAAGUUCACAUGUUGAGAAAACAAUAAAAGACCCAUGUGCUAAUGAGCCACCAACUUCAAAAAAGGAAGACAAAACUGACACUUCUCCAGUGAUACCAACAAAGUUCACCGAUUUAGCAAAGAGCCGCCCUUGGGCCCUAGAUAUGGGGGAGAGUCAGGACAAUGAGAAGCAUGAGGUUGCAAUAGAGGCUACUGAAGAAGCAGUACAGGAGGUGGAGGUAGCAGAAGAGGCACGUGAGGAUGUGAUGGAGGAGGCUACAAAUGCAUUUGGAGUGAAGCUUCGCUCUACCUCUCUUUCGCUAAAAUUUCGCUUGGACAAAGCUCAAUCAGGAGACAGUGUAAAAUGUCACAGUGUUGAAGUCAAUGCACCGAUUUUACCUCCGGCUUCACAGUCUGAUUCAUCCAGCCGUGUAGAGCCUGAAGACCAACGCACUGCCAUGGGGUCUACAAGAGUCCAUGCUAAACCCAAAGACCCUCCUCUCCAAACCGAUUCGCCCUCAACUUCAGUUCAGUCAUCUGAUUCGCCACCUAAGAGUUUCUUUAGAGACAAAGAGAGAGCUGGCGUCCUUAGACAGGCUGAUCCUGCUCAGCCCUCAUUAUUAGCCAGCAAAUCCACUAAGAUUGUACCUUCACCAGCUAAAGAAGGUACAGACCUGCUUCCAGAAGAAACUACAGUGGUACCCUCUCAGGAGAGCACACCAACAUCUAUAGCUUCAGAGGUGUCCUGGAUGGAGAUGGCUAGAGAGAAGACCAGAAGUCUCCAACAGCUCUUUACCAGUAGACUGCCUGAGUUUCCUAGCUUGCAAUCACGACCAACAACACAACCACAAACUCAAACAUCCACUUCACAAGCCAAUUCAAGAAUCAUACAACCAACGACUACACAACCCCUUUUGAGACCUACAGAAACAAAACCGCCGCCAUCUGCGCAGCAUUCUGGAAGAUCCACACAAUCUACCACUCCGCUGACGCAAACUCAGACUAGAACCACAACAAACCAACCUUCAGCAAAUUCAACUCAGACAACCACUAGUCCAUCUCAAUUGGACAGUGCCAGAGAAAUCCAGUUUCAGUCCAAGACUCAAAUUUCUAAUUCGACAACAAAACCAACCCAGUCUACAGUUAUAUCCACAUCGAACACACAAACCACUACUGUACACACAGCAAAACAGCCAUUACAAGCAUUGGCACCACAGACACCACCCAUCCAGCCAUCAUCACCACUGCGAGCAGCAUCACAGACCCACACACAAGCUAUACUGCGUUCCACUUCAACCCCAGGUUACCCACAUCUGUUGUCGAGCCCAAAGUUAACAUCCCACCCAGUCUCCCAACAGUCUGCCAAUACUGUCUCAAAGGAUCAGUCUCAGACUGAGGAGGGAGAGCCCAACGUAAUCUCAGGGAAAGCUGACAAGGCGUCUGCGUCUCAGGGGAAGGGGACUGAAGACGGCAGACCAGUGUGGGCAGCAGGAUUAGGAAACAAGACCUCACUGUUUCAGCGCUGGGAGAACCAAACAACUGUUGCAACCAAGACGGGUGAGCUGAAAUCCACAGCAGAGUCCCAAACCACAUCUCAGUCCACAGUUCCUCUCAAACCAAUCUUGAAGGUCUCAAGCACAGGCACAGGAUUGGACCCAAGUUUAUCAAUGCAAGCAUCAGUCUCUUCUAUUCCUAUGAGGUCAGCAGACAGAGAGGAUAAAUGGCAGCAGAAAUCGGUGCCACCAUCAUCACCUUCAUCAUCGCCAUCAUCAUCAUCUCCUCUGCAGUCUGUCCGUGACAAUGCCCAACCAUCCUGGAUGGAGCUGGCCAAGAGAAAAUCCCUAGCAUGGAGUGAUAAGACUAUGGACUAAAAAAAAAAACAUUGAUAUGGUGGAAGAGUUUACAAGUAAAAGAGUUGAAAGCUGAGGAUGGAAGAUCUGAGGGAAUUUUCAUGCUAGCGUUUCCUUGAGUCUGUGUGAACUAAAGUAAUCUUUGAAGUUGAUAUUAAAGCAGUAUGUUUUGGAGGUGAACCACUAUUGCUGUGUAUAUUAUUGAGGGAAAGUUGCACAUUCAUCAGUCAGUAAACCUCUUAAUAGUGUUUGUAUUCUAAAACCUUCCCAUGUGAGCUGCUUGCGUUCUCUCCACGUGAAGUAUGAAUGUAUACGGGGAAGCUUUAAAGUCACAAUCUCUUGCAACACUGGUAACAGCUGCUGGUAAAUUAUUUUGUAAAUGCACCACAGUGAAUGUAAAUCAGAGAUGGAAGGGCAGGGAAACAAAUUCAGGUUCAAACUGAAUCAGAAGCACCCUGAGUGAGAUCUCAGGAACACAAAUAUAUGGUACUCUAUGUUUUACCCACUCACAUGUGUGCAAACACACAACAACGAUAUAAUUGUCUCCCAUGUAAUAUGAUUCUCAAUGUUUCUCAGGAUUAACACCUUUUAAAACAAUAUUGUUUUCUUGUGAAAAUAAUUAAUAUGAUUCUUUUUCCAAUUAAAAACUGUAUUUAUUUCCAUGAAUUCCAUCCAAGAAUUUGUAUGUAUUGUGACAAUGUCUCAUCUGUUGAUUUUCUGACACCUAUUAGGUUUGAAGGUUUUUGUUAUUUUAUGUUCAAUGUUAAAUUAUGUGACUGUAAGAAUAUUUCAAAUUACUUGGAGCUUGCUUUUGAAAAUACCAACCCAACUUCCUUGGCCAAUAAAUUCAUCUU